GCAUUCGAUGGAGGCGUGGACACAAGGCAGCCUCAAGUGUCCUGGGCGUCUAUUGAAAUGACGCGGAUAUGAUUGUGGAGCACCAUAAAAUGCACAAUACACGCACCUCUGUGUCUUAGAGAAAGACAAUCUCUCUAAAGUUUAAACUCGAUCGCAUUUAAUACCAUCAAUCUCCAGUAAAAUGUCGGAGCUCAUUCCAAUCACCACGCCCCUACGAGAGUUCAAAGGUCAUGAAGGAUGUAUAGAGGCAGUCGCAGUUUUCCCCGAUAACCGAUGGAUGGUCACGGGCUCGGAGGACAAGAUGCUUCGUCUGUGGAACUUGGAGACAGGUCUUGUGUUGAAGAAUAUGGAAGGACAUUUGGGUUGUGUGCGGAGCUUGGCAGUAUCACGAAAUGGACAACUGAUAGCAAGCGGUGAUACAUACGAAGUCAUCAUCUGGCACGGAGAAACUGGCGAAUUAUUCACCCGCCUCAAAACCCAUUCCAAUUGUAUUAUGUCGCUUGACUUUUCUCGCGAUGGAACAGUGCUGGCCACUGGUUCAUAUGACUUGACGACGAUACUAUGGAAUACCAAAACCUGGGAGCAGCAAGGAGAUUCAAUCAAUUGUCAUAUUUUUGUCAACUGCGUACGGUAUUCGCCCUCUGGGGAACAACUUGCCAUCGCAACAUGCAACGAUAUUCAAAUAUACAAUUUAGACACAAGAAAACGCGUCGCAUCCUUCAAGGCUCACACAGAAUGGAACUGCUCACUCGUGUGGACGCCCGAUGGCACAUGCCUCCUCACAGGCGGCAAUAGUGUCGAUCCUAGCAUACGCGAAUGGGACACAACAACCUGGAAGCAGACUGGUAAUCCUUGGACGGGCCACACCGACCAAAUCAAUGACAUUGCCAUUCAUCCUACUGGCACACUCGUCGCCUCCGCAUCUGAUGACAGCUAUGUCCGUCUCUGGUGGCUCUCAGAUGGACAAAAUGUUGCCACCUUCAAGCACAGAUUCAACAUGAAAUGCGUCACUUUCUCCGUGAACGGCAAACACCUCCUCAGUGGAGGUUACGAUAGCAUGAUCUCAGAAUGGGCAUCCAUCAGCAUUCAGCCCUCAUUGACAGGCUAUAUCUCCAAGGGUAUUGCCCUCUGCGGAAAUGGUCAUGUCUUGGAUGCGAGGGCAGCACUUGAUGUUGCAUCCAUGUAUACAAAUCAAGAUCCAGAAAUCUUGUUUUUUCUGCUAUUGAUCAAGGCAGUCGCCCUCUUCAAUGCAGAUCAAUAUGACGAGGCAAACCUGCUCCUCAAAGAACUCGCCAGUUGUCCGAAUGCCGACACUCUCGCGUGUUGUGUCGUGCAAGCAUAUCUACGCGUUCAACUCGGAAUAAAAGCCUUGGAUGGCGCACGUCACGAUGAAGCCGUUGACCAUCUCACUGCCGCUCUCGACUGCCGCGAUUCAUUAUCGAAAUCGAACAUUCAUGAAAUAUAUGAGGAUUUGGUGGUGUUCUUUGGCUGGGACCUGAAGUGCUUGUGGCAAAAGGCAAACCAAAAACGGUGUGAUGCACUUCUUCGGGCGGGUAAGCUACAAGAUGCCCUGAAAUCAUACCAACACGUGAUGGCUUCGAGCGACGAAACUACAAAUGCCGACUGUUUUGACUGGUCCAAUGAUUUCAAGCAAGAAUGCAGUGCAUUCUGCGCUGUCAACGGAGAUGCCGCUUUCGCUGCAAACGAUUACGACAAGGCUAUUGACUUAUACUCUACGGCAAUUGACCUGAAUUCUACAUCCGAUGUCGCCUUUGCAAAUCGGAGUAAGGCAAAGUUGGGGAAAAUGCUAUGGGAGGAUGCGCUCCUUGACGCGCAAAAGGUCACUGAACUCAAUCCUUCGUCUCAUAUUGGAUACCAGUUGGCACACACAGCACUGCGUGGUGCGCAACGCUACGAUGAAGCCAUCGAGGCCUUCACAAUCAUGUUGUCGAAGUUGGAUGAUGCUCCCGAAGCUCAGAUACGAGAUCUACGUCAACAGUACGUCUGUCCAUCGGAAGCAGAGGACGCUAUUCGAAGAGUAGUUUGGAUUGAACUCAACAAUGCCCCCCUUCGUCUGCUCAAUACCUCUACGGGUCUUUUUCCAGAGUACAAGGAGCUUUUGUCAUUCACAACGAAUUGCUCGGAUCUCCAAAUGGAACGCAUCAAGGAAGUGGUGGCGAUGCACUUCCGUUGCGUCCUACUAUCACACAGGUGGGAAGAGAUGGAGGUGCUGCUGCACGAUAUCCAGGACAAAGCCGUGUAUGAGCUGAAUGGACUUAGUGGCAUCGCGAAACUGCAAUCGUUCUGCAAAAUUGCUCGUGAUGCGGGGUAUUUCUGGGCGUGGAUGGAUACAUGCUGCAUCGAUAAGACCAACAACGUCGAGCUUCAAGAAUCAGUCAACUCCAUGUUUGUCUGGUACCGCCACUCAGCGCUUACCAUAGUCUACCUAUCCGAUAUCCCUCCUUCAUCCCCACCAGGCGCAUUGGCGAGGAGUGUUUGGAUCGAGCGAGGAUGGACUUUUCAAGAGUUCGUCGCUCCGAAAGUUAGAUUUUAUCAGAAGGAUUGGUCAUUAUAUCUCGAGGAUCGCUCUCCCAACCACAAAGAGUCCCCAGCAAUUAUGAAGGAGUUGGAGGGUGCGACGGGAAUAGAUGCACAGGCCCUGAUCUCCUUCCGUCCAGGGAUGAAAGAUGCUCGAGAGAAACUGAAAUGGGCAUCAAAACGUGUCACCACCAUGCAGGAAGACAUCGCAUACUCGUUGUUUGGUAUCUUCGGCGUUUAUCUGCCUGUAAUCUAUGGUGAGAAGAAGCAAAAUGCGCUCGGGCGGCUCCUGCAGGAGAUCGUGGCCAGAUCGGGCGACAUCACUUCCCUGGACUGGGUCGGAGAAUCGUCUGAGUUCAAUAGUUGCCUUCCAGCCGAUAUCAUUUCAUAUGCAACUCCGCCAUGCUCCUUACUAUCAUUGUCUGAAGAUGGCAUUCAGACGGCGGUCUCUUCGUUGCGAAACAUCGUGACUGUGGAUUUGGCUUCGAAACUGUAUAACCUGCUCGAGAACAUGAAUGUUCCCCUCUUCGGAAACUGCAGACUUCGUCUACCUUGCAUCGCAUUUCGUGUCACGGAAGUCAGACGGAGGCGCGGUGAUACUGUUCAUUCCAUGUAUGGAGUUAAAGCAGAUGGGCUUCGGGACUUGCUGAUCACCACGGACGAGAUACUAAUUCAGUUCUCGCGCGCAAGGCCCACUCAGCAGACAUUCUUUCUUGUCCGUCCAUGGGAUCGUCGUCUCCUUGGGCUGCCUGACUUUGCAGAACAGCUGACCUUUGUAGAUGAAGGGGAGAGCGUAGGAAAUUGGUCCGAGUCCGAGUCUGCAUUAGACGACACUGACGAAUCGUCUAGCGAUUCACCUGGAGAAGAGGGCUUGUCAGUUGACUCGGAUGCUUACUCGCGAUCAUUGCGUUUGAUGGUUCACCUUGGGCAGCCUUUCAGCGCACUCUUGGUAGCGCAGCAACGCGUUGGAGAAUAUAAGAGGGUUGCGUCGGACCAUGAUAUCAUUGCGCAGGUCAAAGACACGGCUUCGAUUGACAUUAUGAACAUCAGGACCCUAGACAUAUUGUAACUAUAAUACUGAUCUCCGAGCAGUUUACGUGUGUACCUUGAGUCGACGAUCACAUUUUCAUAGCAUAUACAUACACUGUAAAUAACAUCGUGUAAUGCCACUCACAAAUACAAAAUCUCAAAAUUUGACAUACAG